AUGAAAUCAAUCUCCGUCAUUCAGAGGCCAUCUGCCCCAAGAGAUGCCCCGACUAAAGGCUUCGUGGCUCCCUUUGAUGGGGCUGGCGACGUACCCAACCUGGAUUGUCCCCUCUCAGGGAACAGUGUCGGUCAAGAACGGGAGCAGGCUCAGGAGCCGUGGUACCAAAAGAAAGAGCGUACCAAGGCCAAUUAUGCAGUCGUGCGUGACUUCCUUAAGCGCGUUGAAACUGAGGAGGCGAACAUGGUUUAUGACUAUCGCAUGACCGGACCGGGAUCUUGGUGGGUGGAAGGCACGGGUGAACACCAAAUUGGAGGUGGUCAAUAG